CUAUUAUCGUGGGGAUUAUCUUCUGGUGCAGCGGCUCCAUCGUAAACUACUGUAACUUCAUGGAUCGAACGAUGAGUGUGAUAGUAUCCUUUUAACCGUUGGAUCAAUUUAUUUUUUGAAGAUGCGAGGGCAAAGGUUCAAAUUGGCUAUAUUUUGUGCUUCGCUACUGUCACCAGCUCGUGCUCAUUUUUUGCCGCUCAAAUUCCUCUUACUCGCUUUGUUGGCGGCUUCAGUUGGAAGAGAACGAAGAAGCGAGCAUCGUACUAUUCUCUGACGCAAGAGCGAUUUCUUUUGGAUCCUUUCGUGUUGUGGCUGCAGUCAUGGAUACUGACGAGGAGUGCUCAAUUGUUCUUGAAUUACCUGAAAGUGAUCCUUUCUUUGACAAAAAGAAGAAAUUACUACAAAGUAAGGGUUUUAGUCCCAAAGAACGGAUAUACCUCAGGAGUUCUUCAAAACCUGGCUGGAUGAGUGCUACUGUGCAGGUGUUAGUUCAGAUUGCUCGUAUCAUACAAUUAAAUGAGCUGGAACUUUAUUUUGCUGAAGAGGACGUAUGCACAGCAAAGGAAUUUUACAGUCCCAGGAAUGAGUUGGAGGCUCUCAAUUCAAUUGUUUUGCUCACUGACAUAUCACUUUCUAGUUGUACACAUCUCCAUACAAAUAUCCUGCAAGGGUUACGCCAAACAGUUCUUGAUUUAAUUACUGAUUUGGGGGACAAAAACAGUGUGAAGGGAGUAGUUGAAAAAGACCAUAGUUGUGAUCAAGAAGAACGCCUGAUAGAAUGGGGUGAAAGCAAUGGCGUAAAGACACAGUUAAAAAUAGCUUGUAAGUUUCAGUGUGCCUUUCUUUCCUUUUGUUCAAAUAUUACCUUUCCUUUUAACAUCUAUAAUACAAAUUUCUUCCCCCCUAAAAUCUACACAGAUACUGAACGAGCUGGUCGAGGUGCAAUAGCAAGGAAAGAUCUAAACGUUGGAGAUAUUGCUUUGGAAAUUCCUGUGUCCAUUAUCAUUUCUGAGGAGCUUAUUCAUGAAACUCAAAUGUAUGGUGUCUUGAAAGAAAUUGACGGCAUAUCAUCUGAGACAAUAUUGCUAUUAUGGAGUAUGAAAGAAAAGUACAACAGUGAUUCAAAAUUCAAAAUUUAUUUUGACACACUCCCAGAAAAAUUUAAUACAGGUUUGAGUUUCAGCAUUGAAGCAAUUACAGUGUUAGAUGGAACCUUACUGUUGGAAGAGAUAAUGCAAGCAAGACAGCACCUGCAUGCUCAAUAUGAUGAGUUGUUCCCUGCUCUGUGCAAUACUUUUCCUGAUAUAUUUCCACCAGAGCUGUACACAUGGGAGAAAUUUUUAUGGGCUUGUGAACUUUGGUACUCUAAUAGCAUGAAGAUAAUGUAUUCCGAUGGAAAGAUAAAAACAUGCUUGAUCCCUAUUGCUGGCUUUCUCAAUCAUUCGCUGUGCCCGCAUGUUAUGCACUAUGGCCAAGUGGAUAGUGCAAAUAAUUCACUGAAAUUUUGUCUAUCAAGACCAUGCAAAUCUGGAGAAGAAUGCUGCUUAAGCUACGGCAACUUCUCCAGCUCUCAUUUAAUUACCUUUUAUGGUUUUUUACCACAAGGAGACAACCCAUAUGAUGUUAUUCCGUUAGACAUUGACGGUGCCGACGUUGAUUCUAAUGAGGAUAUACCCGAGUCCAACUGGACGAGUCACAUGGUGCGUGGUACCUGGCUCUCCAGGGAUCACAAGAUGUUCUACUAUGGUCUUCCCUCUCCAUUAUUGGACCAUCUUCGGAGAUCUCGAAGUCCAAUGCUGCGACCAAAAACCUUUUUGCAAGAAAACUUGGAAAAUGAGCUUGGAGUUCUUGAAAAUCUCAAAGAUAUCUUCGAUGACAUGAUCGAAAAUAUGGGCGAAAUGGAUCUUGAUGACAGAGAAAACUGCUGUCGGGAUGAAAAAUUGGCUAUGGAUUUUAAAAAUACACAAAGACGAAUUGCCCGUUCUGUUUCAACCUCGUGUCUUGCUGGUAUGGAUAUGUUAAAGAAAGAACUAUGCAAGUGCAUGGCUGAGGACAUCCAAGGCUAAUUGAACAUGUUGGAUCAUUGUGCCUUUAAGAAGACGGUCGUUUGGACCUUGUAGCGUAACAAUCAUUUUGUACUAUAAAACUCCGUCAAUCUUUGCUGUCAUUGGCUAUGUGGCUGAACUUGGACGCUCCAUUCUGACAGACAGCACAGACUUUCUUCUUUAGUGAAAUGGAUGGUUCCACUUCCUGAUUUUUUUUUUCAGGGAGAAGAUGUUUGGCGUAA